UUCGGCGCUGAGGGGAGACACACAUUCUCGUGCACGUCUCCCGAGUUCUUUCAUUCAUCGCGUGAUAAUAUUUUUAAUUCGCGUGUUUUUUGUGUUGUUUUUAAAUCUGAGAGAUUUUAGAGUGGUCUCUGAGAGAGUAGAUAUGCAGAAGGGAGUGAAGAUGAAGAUGACAAGUGAUCAGACCACAGACAAUUUUACUCCAGGGGACAUAGUGUUUGCUAAAAUGAAGGGUUAUCCUUUCUGGCCUGCCAGGAUUGGCGAAGGAAAAGCCCCCAAAAAUAAGAUCCCCAUCUUCUUUUAUGGAACACACUCAACAACGUGCCUCUUGCCCAAAGACAUCGUCCCCUACUGGCCAAACAAAGAGAAGUUCGGCCGGCCAAUCAAACGCGGCGGUUUCGAGGAGGGCAUGUGGGAGAUCGAGAACGACCCGGGUGUGGGCCUCAGAGGUCACAAGAAAGCAGCGCUGCUGAAACGACUGUCUGAGAGUCGACUGAAACUGAAAGACAGGACGAAGAAGAAAGCAGAAAAUAAGAGCGAAGCCAAGAACCAGACCGCGUCCCGUAAGGAGUCAGCGCCGAAGAGCGACUCGAACACAGCGACGCCUCGCAAGAAAGAAACUCCUGUGAAAACCAGCAGAACAAAGUCUGAGUCCGCCGCGGCAGACGAUAAAACCACCGAAACCAGAUCAACACGCUCCAGAGAUUCAGUGACAAACACCGUCACACCAGACGAGAGACGCACGGAUCGAGUCUCGCCUGCGAAGAGAGUCACGACAGAGAAGAGAGUCAGAGAUUCAGUGACAAACACCGUCACAGCAGACGAGAGACGGACAGAGAGAGUCUCACCUGCGAAGAGAGUCAGAGAUUCAGUUACAAACACCAUCACACCAGACGAGAGACUGACAGAGAGAGUCACGCCUGCGAAGAGAGUCUCGCCUGCGAAGAGAGUCACGACAGAGAAGAGAGUCAGAGACUCAGUGACAAACACCGUCACAGCAGACGAGAGAUGCACGGAUAGAGCCACGUCUGUGAAGAGAGUCACGACAGAGAAGAGAGUCACGACAGAGAAGAGAGUCAGAGAUUCAGAGGCAAACACCAUCACAGCAGGCGAGAGAAAAACGGAUAGAGUCACGUCUGCUAAGAGAGUCACGACAGUGAAGACGGUCGGUGAACGGAGGAUUUUACCGUCCAGAAAGGUCAUUUUAUCACGAGGAGCAUCAGCAGCAAAGAAGCUCGCCGCUCGCAGGAAACACAUACUGAACAGAAAGAUAAAGAAACGGAGAGAGGCUCAUAAUCUCAAGCAGCCCUUGAGGAUCACACGCUCCACUGCAGAUCUGACCCAGACCUCGGACCGAAUCACUGCCACGCCGGCGAAGACACCCGCUCUGAAGCGGACACGCUCACAAACUGAAUCUGAUGUGAAGGAAGACGCUCCUGUUCCACUUCCUGUGACGAGUUGCUCCGCCCCCUCCCGCCCAGCAGAUUCAAAGAGGAAGCGUGUCACAGAGGAGCAGACGCCUGCAGCAGAAGAACUGGAGAAGAGCGAGGUCAAGAAGAUCGACACACAAGACACGCCUGAACAGACCGAGACGCUGAAUAAACCCCAGCAGACCAAGAGCCACGUUCUGAUCGUCUCUGAAAAGCAGGACGAGGCUAAAGAGGAGAAGAAAGCGAUCGAUGAAGAGGAGAGCGCUUCAGAGAUACGGAGGAGCAGCAGCGGUCUCUGUGUGUCUCAGAGGAGUCAGAUCCCGGCCGAGAAGAGACAGAGCGUGCUGAAGUCACUGCAGGGACUGGUGACGUCUACCAGAGGAAAGACACACACCUGCGAGGAGACACCCAUCAAACCCACCGCCGACGAGAAGGAGGAGAACACAGAGCCUGACAGCAGCAACACCGAAGUGUGUUUCUACAGACAGCAGAACGACAGCAGCAGCAGAGAGGAAGAGUGCAAAGAUCCCUCUCUGUCCGUCACAGACUCGUUGCUCUACCGGCUGCAUGGUGACAUCAGAAUCUCAAUGAUGCUGGAGAAUCCCGAUGUCAGUAAGUGUUUGUUGGCUCUGGAUGAGUUGAGCAAUGUCCCGGUCUCGUCUCGAAACAUUCAGAACCACAGCGAGCUCAUCGACACGCUCAGAAAGAUGCGCUGGUUUCGUGGCAGCGAGGCGAUCAUGUUUAAAGCAUCCAUGCUGUAUCAUCGCUUUAAAAACAUCUACCUCAUCGGAGACGCCGACGAGACUCUGAGUCAGGAGUACAUCGACUCACUGCAGGAGGAGAGAGAGACGGACGCCAGAGCAGCUGUCGGUCUGAAGAGCGUCUGCGAAGAGACCCGAGAUACCAAACCAGCGCCUCAAACCACUGGACAUGUGCCUCACAGGGCGGACAGGAGCUGACGUGAGGAGACCACUGCCAUUUUUAUCCUUCUGUUGUUGUUCUGAAAUCAGGCUUUUUAUCCGCUGUUGGAGAGUUUUAUCCCGUCGCCGUUGCAGUUAUUUAUUCACUGAGCGUUUUUACCGUCCAGUGCGAUUCCUCAUCAAAGUCACAGGUUCUCUACACGAGGUUUUCCUGUCUCAGAUGAAUCCCAGUGCCAUGAUGUCAGUGUUUCUGUUCUUCAAUACUUCAGACGAGAGAAAGACACUAAUAAAGGUCAGAAGCGGCGAUGUUUCUGCUGUCACUCGUCCGGUUCUCUCGUGAACUCUGGUUUAUACCUUUCCUUUCAUCACCGAGCAUUAGAUCACAUCAGCAGUGAACAUGCAGACUUCAGCUCAGAUUUAUCUCAACGUUUUCAGACCGAUGUUUGUUCUCUGUUCUGUUUGUUAGAUGUGACACGAUCAAAAGCAUUAAACCUGAGCAUUAAAAUGUUAACUGGUGUGUGUUUAUACACAGGGCAGCUACAUUAUACUCAUACAGUUACACUCUUCCUCACACACACUAUUAUCUGAUCUGAAUCCGGUGCUAAUACAACAGAUACUGUCUUUAAUGAAUGCAUUUAGCCGUAACGUGUUCUAGCUCAGACGCCCCUAGAUUUGUAUUAUUGAGCACUUGCAUGUGCUUCCUGUGUGAUAUUACAGUGAAUCUGCAUUAAACUGAUCUUUAGUACUCUCUG